CUAUUCUCAUCACACCACAAUAAUCCGGAAGAGGAAGCAAGCUAGCUCAUUCCGGCCCAGCAUGCAGCCGGCGGCAAUGGAGACCGGCCAGGGCCAGCCAUGGGAGUACAGACUGCGGAAGUACCUCCUGCUGCUGGCCACCCUGGUGGCCAGCAUCACGUACACCGCGGGCUUCAACCCACCGGGGGGCGUCUGGCAGCAGAAGGGCUCCGACGAAGACGGCCACCGCGCUGGCGACCACAUCAUCAACGACACCGACAACCGCCGGCACCUCGCCUUCUUCUAUUGCAACGCCACCGCGUUCAUCGCGUCCCUCGUAGUCAUCGUCCUCAUCCUCAUCCUCGCCAUACGGCACGACAAGGACAAGGACAAGAAGGACGCCGUGUGGGUCGCCUCAGGCUCAGGCGUCGUGCCGCUGCGGCUUGUCAUGGUGCUCGACCUGCUCAGCCUCGUGGGCGCCUACACCGCCGGCACCUGCCGAGACAAGGUGUCAUCUCUCUACUCAGCCGCGCUGGUGGCCGCCAUUUUCAUCUACAUCGUGCUUCUCAAGCUGCUGGACCUGGACUGGUGGUGGUGCUUUCCAAACGAAAGCAGCAACUCCUUGUCCACCACCUCCGAGCUCCCGUUGCCGCGGGAGGAGAUGAAAGCCGAAGAACGGUUCCGCAAGGUCCUGAUGCUUCUGGCGACAUUCGCGGUGAGCAUCACGUAUGUCGCCGGGCUGAGCACACCGGGCGGCUUCUGGGACAGCACCGACGGCAGCCACCGGCCGGGCGACGCCAUCCUCAAGGAUCACCACAGCCUGCGGCUGAUGGUGUUCCUGCUCUGCAACACCACAGCGUUCAUGGCUUCCCUGUUCAUCACCAUGCUUCUCAUCAUCGACGGCAGGAAGCUCCUUGGGAAGACGGCCCGGACUCGCGAGCUCUACACUUGCAUCAUCGUCGCGCUAGUCAGCCUCGUCGCCGCCUAUGCCGCUGGCAGCUGCAGGAAGAAUGACACCACCGUCUAUGUGGUCAGCCUUGUUGGCGCCGUUCUGGCAUUCAUCCUACUCCUGGUACUCCAUCGUUUCUUCUACGGCAAUUCUUGUUCCAGUCCAGAGCAACAAUCUGAUGAAAAUCAGCAGACUAGUGAUAAUGCCAGUGCUUGUACCGGUGUAUUCCUUUUUUUCUCAGCCUGGUUGGCGUCGUUCCGGCGGCGGCAGGCUGGUGAUAAUGCCAGCUGCAGUGCUAGCAGGGAAGCUCUGGACAAGACCCGCUCUCUUGUUCUACUGCUCGCCACUCUUGCCGCCACCAUCACCUACUCAGCGGGGUUGGACCCACCGGGUGGACUUUGGCAGGAUGGGGACAUGGCCGGCAACCCGAUUCUUCUCACGGCGGAUGCUAGGCGGUACAAUGUCUUCUACUACUGCAAUUCGGUUUCUUUCGUGGCGUCAUUGGUGGUCAUCAUCCUGGUCCAGGAGGAGAUUCUCGUCAAGCACCAUGUGCUGGAGGCAACCAUGAUACUCGACCUGUUUGGCCUCGUCGGCGCGUAUGCCGCCGGGAGCUGCAGGAACAUGAAGCAAUCCAUCUAUGCCAUGGCCUUGGCAUUCGCCGUCCUGGGCUACGUGGUGAUCCAUGUUGUCUUCUUCACGCUGGAUCAUGAGGAAAAGAAGAAUCACGACAAUAAUGAAGAUCCGGUGCUUGAGGAUAGGCGCAAACUGCUUGAGGAGAGGCGCAACCAGUUUCUUGACAAGAGGCGCAAACGGUUGUUACUCUUCGCAAUCUUGGCCGCGACCAUCACCUACCAAGCCGGCCUCACCCCUCCGGGCGGCUUCCUGCUCCAGGACAAGCUCGGAAACCACGCCGGUGACCCGGUCCUCCUGUGCAACGACCAGCGCCGCUACAAAGCCUUCUUCUACUGCAACUCGGUGAGCUUCAUGUUGUCCAUCGCUCUCAUCAUCCUCCUGGUGAACCCCACUGUGUAUAGACCAGCCAUAGAAAGCAAUGCGUUGUCUGUUUGUACGGCGGUGGGCUUGUUUUGUUUGAUGGGGGCCUACGCCGCCGGAAGCACGCAGGACGAUAAGACAUCCAUCUACAUCUUCGUCUUGGUGGCGCUGGUCCUCUUCGUUGCAGCCGGAUUGCUAGUAGUAUAUUUUGUGGGGGAGCGGAGAAGAAAUGCCAAUCCAGCAGCAGACAUGCGGUCCAUACUUGAACAGGAUGCCGCUAAGGAGGAAGAAGAUAGGAAGAAGGAGGAAGAAGAAAGAAAGGAGGUAGAAGAAAAGAAGAAGGAUGCAGAAGAAAGGAAGAAGCACGCGAGGCGCAAGUACCUGAUGCUGGUAGGCAUCUUGGUGGCAAGCGUAGCCUACCAGGCCGGACUGGAACCGCCCGGCGGGAUGUGGCAGAGCAGCAGCGACGAGCACGAGGCGGGCAGCCCGGUGAUGCAAGAUAACAUGAGGGGCCGGUACCUCUUCUUCUUCUACAGCAACUCAAUUUCUCUUGUGGCUUCCAUCGUUGUCAUCAUCAUGCUGCUACCGCAUUGGCUGCCCAAGAAGAAAGAAGAAUGUGAAGAUUGGUCGCUGAGGGUGAUGAACAAGACGAUCAUACUGGAUUUGGUUGCUCUCCUAGGGGCCUAUGCAGCCGGCUCCUGCAGGGGGUGGAAGACAUCUAUGUAUGUCGUCGCGCUCAUCGUUGCCGUGCUGGGCUACUUUGCCAUCCAUAUGAAACUGUCAUUAUGCCGGCGGAAGAAUCCUCGUCGUUAUGGGAGCAUUGAGAGGCAGAACAGCCAAGGAAAUCAGCCAGUCUGACUCAUUUAUCUGUGUGCCUCCCUGUAGUAUAGCCCUACUAAUGUGAGGGCAAUCCACAAAGUAGUCCAGAAUUCAGGGCAAUUGCUCAUUUGAGCUGUGAUCUAAUCUGUUUUGCCUCUAAUCAGCUUAUCUCUGUCCAGUCUCUACCCUGCUUUAGCUCUCCCCCUUUUUAGUGAUGUAAUAGGGUUACUCCCUAGGCAGGUAUGUGUAUCAUAAUAAUCCAAUGAAUAUGGCACAA